GCGAGAUGCCUUUCGGAGGAUUCGCAGGUCUGAAGGAGCGGGUGCUGAAGCCAGGGAAGGAGGAGGUGAAGAACACUGUUGGAGACUCGCUGGGGAACCUGCAGAAGAAGAUCGAUGGGAGUAACGUGGACGAGGACCUGGUGGAGCUGACGGAGGACGGGCGGCCGGUGUCCAUGCCCAAGCGUAGCGCCCCGCUGCUGGACUGCAGCUGCUGCGGACUGCCCAAGCGCUACAUCAUCGCCAUGCUCAGCGGCCUCGGCUUCUGCAUCUCCUUCGGCAUCCGCUGCAACCUGGGCGUGGCCAUCGUGGAGAUGGUCAACAACAACACCGUCUACAUCAACGGCACAGCUGUCAUGCAGCCAGCACAGUUUAACUGGGACCCUGAGAUAGUGGGUCUGAUCCACGGAUCUUUCUUCUGGGGUUACAUCGUCACACAGAUCCCUGGUGGCUUCAUAGCCAACAAGCUGGCUGCCGACAGGGUGUUUGGGGCAGCCAUCGUCCUGACCUCCAUACUCAACAUGUUCAUCCCGUCCGCUGCCAGGGUGCAUUAUGGCUGCGUCAUGUUCGUCCGCAUCCUGCAGGGUUUGGUGGAGGGUGUCACUUACCCAGCAUGCCAUGGGUUGUGGGCCAAAUGGGCUCCCCCGUUGGAGAGAAGUCGUUUGGCCACCACGUCAUUCUGUGGGUCCUACGCGGGCGCAGUGAUUGCCAUGCCUCUGGCGGGAGUGCUGGUGCAGUACGUGGGGUGGCCCUCGGUGUUCUACAUAUACGGUGUCUUUGGGAUGCUGUGGUACAUCUUCUGGCUGCUGUUGGCCUACACCAGUCCAGCGAUCCACCCCACCAUCAGUGAAGAGGAGAAGCUAUUCAUCGAGACCAGCAUCGGGAACAAUAUGCCCAGUACCACUCAGAAGUUCAAGACUCCCUGGCGCAGGUUCUUCACUUCCAUGCCCGUGUACGCCAUCAUCGUGGCCAACUUCUGCCGCAGCUGGACCUUCUACCUGCUGCUCAUCAGCCAGCCGGCCUACUUCGAGGAGGUCUUCGGCUUCCCCAUCAGCAAGGUGGGGCUUCUCUCAGCGGUGCCCCACAUGGUGAUGACCAUCGUGGUGCCCAUUGGAGGUCAGCUGGCAGACUUCCUCCGCACCCAUAAGAUCCUGUCCACAACCGCCGUCCGUAAGAUCAUGAACUGUGGAGGCUUUGGGAUGGAAGCCACCCUGCUGCUGGUGGUGGGCUUCUCCCACACGCGAGGAGUGGCCAUCUCCUUCCUGGUGCUGGCCGUGGGGUUCAGUGGGUUCGCCAUCUCAGGCUUUAAUGUGAAUCACUUGGACAUUGCCCCUCGCUACGCCAGUAUCCUCAUGGGCAUCUCAAAUGGUGUGGGCACCUUGUCAGGAAUGGUGUGUCCACUCAUUGUAGGAGCGCUGACCAAGAACAAGACGCGUCUGGAGUGGCAGAACGUGUUUGUCAUCGCGUCCAUGGUGCACUACACCGGCGUCAUCUUCUACGCCAUCUUCGCCUCGGGGGAGAAGCAGGAGUGGGCCGACCCCGAGAGCACCAGCGAGGACAAGUGCGGCAUCCUCGGCGAGGACGAGCUCGCCGACGACGGCGAAACAGAUUGCGAAAGCUCCCUGGCGGCCUCGGCCAGGAAGAAGACCUACGGUGCCGUGACGACGGACCACGAGUCGGGACGUAAGCAAGGCUGGAAGAAGAAACGAGGGGUGACCACGCAGGAAGAGGAGGAGGAGGACGAGGAGGACGAGGAGGGCCAGUACCACUACGAGAACGGGAACUUUCAGGAACAAUAUCAGUGA